AUGCAUUACUCGAGAUUAGCUGUGCCGUUGGUUGCUGUGCUUGCCUUGCCCGCCUUGGCUCUUCCUCACAGCAAUCCCCCGGGAGCUGACAAUCAUACCUUGAACCGAGACAGAGCAGAUGCCGUGAAGGCAGCAUUUGUGCAUGCUUGGGAUGGCUAUAAACAAUAUGCUUUCCCACACGAUGAGUUGCACCCUGUCUCUAAUGGCUUCAGCGACUCCAGAAAUGGCUGGGGAGCGAGUGCUGUGGAUGCUUUCAGCACCGCUUGUGUAAUGCAACUUCCAGAUAUCGUCAAUACAAUCUUGGAUUACAUUCCCACUAUUGACUUCGAUCACACAGCUAAUGGAGUCUCUCUUUUCGAGACCACCAUUCGCUACAUGGGUGGAAUGCUUUCCGGUUAUGACUUCCUGAAAGGGCCUCUGUCAAAUUUAGCAAAAAACGCUACAGCAGUGGACGAUCUCCUCAAGCAAGCAACGCGCCUUGCUAACAACCUCGCCUAUGCUUUCGACACACCUAGUGGGGUCCCAAGUAAUAACCUGAUCUUCCCAUCCGGUACCGAUAGCUCCACCAACAACGGCAUUGCUACAAUCGGUACACUUGUUUUAGAAUGGACGCACUUGUCUGAUCUCACUGGAAAUCAGACAUACGCGGAACUGUCCCAAAAGGGAGAAUCGUAUCUCCUGGCUCCUCAACCAGCCUCAUCUGAGCCGUGGCCAGGACUCAUAGGCACAAAGGUGAAUCUGACAACGGGUCAAUUCGAGGACGCUGUUGGCGGCUGGGUUGGCGGUGAUGACAGCUUCUACGAGUACCUCAUCAAGAUGUACGUCUACGACUCGACUCGAUUCUCCAUUUACAAGGACCGCUGGAUGCUGGCCGCCGACUCGUCAAUUGCACACCUGGCUAGCCAUCCCUCGACGCGACCUGAUAUUGCCUUUCUUGCGAUUUAUGAUGGGCAGGAGCGGAUCUUCUAUUCCCAGCAUCUGGCCUGCUUCGACGGUGGGUCCUUCAUCCUGGGCGGUCUGGUCCUCAAAGAGCAAAAAUAUGUCGACUUUGGCAUUGCUCUCGUUAACGGCUGCCACGACACCUACGCCAGUACAGCGACUGGCAUUGGUCCAGAAGUCUUCCAAUGGGUCGAAAAUUCAACUGCUGCCAACGACACAAAAAACCCGCCCCCACCUGCUGACCAGCAAGCGUUCUACAAGAAAUCAGGCUUCUAUAUCACAGCCAGUGACUACGUGCUCCGUCCUGAGUACCUCGAGAGCGUUUACUACGCUUACAGAGCAACUGGAGAUCAGAUGUAUAGAGAUUGGGCGUGGGAUGCGUUUGUGGCUAUCAACACGACCUGUGCUGUAGGAAGCGGAUAUGCGGAGUUGAAGGAUGUUAAUGUGCCCGGUGGUGGUGGAUACAGUGAUUUCAUGGAUAGUUUCUUCUUUGCUGAAGUGUUGAAGUAUGCGUAUCUUAUUCAUGCUCCGGAUAAUUCUUGGCAAGUUGAAAAUAAUGGUGUUAACCAGUGGGUGUUUAAUACUGAGGCUCAUCCCUUCAAGGUGCAUGGGCCGCCAAUCUAG